AUGGGGUUAUCCAAGUCCCAUCGGCGAAGGGUUAAUCUGAGACACCCAUUUUUGGAAACAUUUUACAAACGACGUUUACAUUUACUUAGACAUUCACAGCAGAGUAGAUUAAGAGUUUCCAAAUCUUUGGCAACUGAUAUAUUGGAUGAAGAUAUCAGGAGGAAACAAGAAGUUUUGGAUGACUUGUCACCUCAGAUUGAGUAUGGCAAUUUGACUACACUUGAACCUGUGGAAGAGGCUAAAAUUCUGGAGAAAUCAAUUUCUCACAAUAAUAUUAUGAACUUCAUUCCGAACGAUGAAGAAGAAGUUUUAAGCUCUUCAACAGAAUACGAGUCACCAGAGACAGAGACACUUUAUCAUUAUGUUCAUCGUCAGAAGAAGAAAAGGUUGAAAAGAGCCAGAACAGGUCGCUCCCCGUAUAAAUACCCAGCCUUGAGUGAACUCGAGGAGGCCGGAAUAAGGGAAUAUUACGAUACUUUUCUAGACACGGCGUCUUGGCAGGUGUCUAAUAUGAUUUUGAAGCCAGGGGAUAAGCAUUUUCUUCUAUGGUUUUUCAGUUCAUCAUAUAUUCCUCUAAUCUGCAGUUGCACAGGGCCCUUGUCCAAUAUUUUCUCUCUAUUGGCGAUUAUUUGUCCAUGGAAAUUACAUAAGGUAAUUGAUAUUCGAACAAAAGAUCCAUUUUGGUGUUACUUGAUCAAUUCUAUAUCAAUUGCGUUUGCUGUCACAUCAAAUUUUUUCUUACUGCUAAAUUACAGACGGAAACUGAGAUACGCUUCCUGCCAGGUGAUCUCUAUCUCAGGAUGGGGAAUAGCUUCGCUUAUGCUAACGGGUCUAAUAAUUGGUUACCAUGUUUGGUUCUAUAAGGUGGGUCUUGAGGAAGAAUACUUACUUGGUGAAGGCUUUUGGUACGCAUGCAUUACCGCAAUACUACAUUUCAUCAAUUUUACACUACUAGCAGUCAAUGAGAUUGGCUUUUUAAAAAAGAAAUAUAAACCUGUUUUCAAUAUUGACCAUGUAGAGGAAACAUUGGUUAUACAGACUACCCUUAUGGGGGUUUGGUUGAUCAUUGGUGCAGCAGUUUUCACUAGAGUUUUGAACUUAAGAUUAAGUGACGCCUACUUAUACUUUGUCACGUCAGUUGUCACUAUAGGUAUGCAAGGUGUUGUUCCCAUGAACAAUGUAGCCGGAGAGACUCUUACUUCGAUAUGGAUCAUAUGUGGCCUUGUGAUGUUUGGUUUAAUCAUUACUAGCAUUGGAAAGAUGAUGUUUAAUUUUUCUAAAAGCACCUUGUAUAGGCAUAGAAUUGAACACCUUAGAAAGAAAAUAUUGAAAGUUCAUAGAAUGGAGGAAGAAAUUGUUACUACCAACGAAGACUCGUUCAAGUUAAUGGGUAAUAUCCACAAAUGGGCACUGUUUGUACAAGCGGUUAUGCAAUUGGUGAUCUCAGUGGCUAUAUUCAUGAUAACCCUAUUGUGUGGUGCAUUAGCGUUUUCUUUAUUAGAACAAUGGUCAUACAAAGAUAGCGUUUAUUUUUGUUUCUACAACCUUAUAACUUUGGGGCAGGGUAGUCAAUCGCCUUCGACUCCCGGGGGAAAAACGUUCUUUACUGCCUGGGCAUUGGCAGCUAUUCCAGUUAUGACCAUCUUGAUCUCAACUUCAAGUGAUUUUGUUUUCUCCAAAUUGACUCAGAUCGAAAAGAUCCCAUUUUUUGAGAUCGUUUUUGAAUACUGUAACUCACACAGCUCACUUCGGAGAUUUGGAGAGUUUUUACGGACUCGGGAACUGAGAGGAUUGGAAAGACAAAAGAUUUCAGACUUGGCUUCAAUUGCUUUGGCCAUCGUCAAAGAGAACAGUGACGAUUUAUCGUUGAAGGGGACCGCUAAUCCUGAUCCAUUCAAAAAAGUGCCAAUAUUGUGCCAUCCUGCAGAUUUGCUUUACUCUGUAUUGCUCAAUUCCGAAAACAUUUCAAGCUAUGACUUUAUAGUUUCAACUCCAUUCGUCAAGUUGAAUGCAAUGACAAUUCAGCUAGCAAAUUAUUUUAGAGAAGGACAAAUCGUUAAUUUAGAUACUGUCUUAUUGAGUGAAAAGCGCACUUUAUUAACAACAAGUUUCCAAACACUUGACGGAGAGUUCAAUUCUGAGAAGUUCAAAGCCCUUUACAAAAUUGAAGAUGGAGGCGUUGUAUCGCCCGAUGGAAUCAUAGCUACCAAUUUCAAGAAGAAAAAUGAUUUUGUACUUGAUAAACUAAGUAGACUUCAAGUUCUAUUCCUUAACUUACGAACGAAAGCUCAUGACAUGUGUACAGAUCCUACACGAAAAUAUGAGUUUGAGGAAUGGGAGAUUCUACUGAGACUAACAAACCAAACAGAAGCUCUUGAUGACUCAUUCUAUUGGAUCGAAAGCCGUUCCCCUUUGACUUUCCCCAUUAACCAGCCUCGGUAUUUCAUGUUGCAUUAUAUCCGACACAUAGUAUUGUUCCUUCAGGAGUUUGCUGCAGAGUGGGAUAAUAUGUAG